AUGUCUCUUCUACUUUCUAGCCCUUGCGUCCCCGCUACGUUUGACCUUUCCGGUAUCACUGGUCUAGAGGUUCUUCACAUCGAUGCCACUCUAGUAAACAACUACAGCGCUUCCGUCUCGGAGGUGUUUCUAUUCACUCAACCGUCUGUGGAAUUGUUGAAUGCCACAUUCUGCAAUGUCACAGUGUCGUACACUCACCCUGGACAGAACGACACAGUUCACGCGGAAGCUUGGUUACCGGCAACAAACUGGAAUAGCCGAUUCCAGGCUGUUGGGGGCGGUGGUUAUAUAGCCGGUCGUUAUGCUGCCUCAUAUGCUAAUAUGGAAGGGGCUAUAGCGGAUGGGUACGCCACCAUAACGACCGAUGCAGGAGUAGGGAAUACUCAAGACCCGUCUCCAUGGGCAUUGCUUAGUCCAGGCAACGUUGACUUAUAUAAUGUUCAGAAUAUUGGAUCUGUAUCAUUGGCUGAUGGGGGACUCAUUGGGAAAUCGCUUGUCAAGAGCUUUUACGGUAAAGGCCCUGACUAUUCUUACUGGAACGGUUGUUCACAAGGUGGCCGCCAAGGCAUGAUGCUGGCACAACGCUAUCCCACGCUGUACGACGGAAUCGCGGCUGGUGCUCCAGCGAUCCAUUGGAACGACCUCUUGUCCUCUAUACAGUGGCCAGAGCAGAUCAUGAACCUUUUGCGUAGCUAUCCAUAUAACUGCGAGCUUGACUCAAUCAAUGCUGCUGCUGUCUCUGCUUGUGACGGACUUGAUGGCAUCGCCGACGGUGUCAUAACGGAAUUCGACACUUGCUUAACCACAUUUGACCCUUUCAGUCUUGUUGGGACAACUAUCAACUGUACCGAGACUGGCGAGACAAUUUCAAUCAGCAGCACUGCGGCGGCUGUCAUCAAUGCAACUUGGAGUGGCCCACGCACAGCGAGCGGGAAGCAAUUGUGGUACGGCUACAAUCCCGGGGCUGAUAUCACUGGCAACGGCCAACCCCCGAAUCAGAGAAUUGGAAUUGCGAGAACCAAUUGCACCCCAAGAGCUUGCGUUGGUAUCCCACAUUUUCUGAGUAACCCAUGGUUUCGGCUUUUCGUAGCCAAGGAUCCAAAUCUCAGCUUGUUCAAUAUUACCCAUGCCCAAUUCGACAUUUUGAUACACCGCGGUCAGCAAGAGUACCGAUCCUUCAUAGGGACAGAAGACCCUGAUCUCUCGGAGUUUCGAAGCGCUGGUGGCAAGUUAGUGAGCUUCCACGGAUUAUACGACCAAACUAUACCUUCGAAGGGCACGGAGCACUAUUACCAGCAGGUUGCUUCGGCUAUACCAGAAAUCGAUGACUUUUAUCGGCACUUUGAGAUUCCAGGGCUGGGUCACUGCAGCGGCGGACGGAGUGGACAACCAAACCAGCUGUUCUCACAACUUCGCGCGUGGGUUGAGAAUGGGACUGCACCUACGCAAACCUCUGUCAAAAUAACUGACUUGGAGGGAAAGGUACACGAUCGUGUCUUGCGCAGGUAUGCUCUAAGAACGAAUGACACGAGUCAAAGAUGUGAUUAG